AGAUUAAAGCGGAGCUGUUCAAAUACAAUGUAAACGUUACUUUAACAGAAUGGCUUGAGUAAAGUCAAUGAUACCAGAACAUUGGGUGCUUACAUUAAUGCUUACGAUGAAGAUUUAAAAAUCAUACUAAAUUCUAAUGAAACUUUUUGACAGAAAUGUCUUCAUUACUGGGUGCCUUUGAAGAGAAAGUUAUAAGAAAUGAAAAUGAAAGAUUUGCUAGAAAUAUAAGCUUUUAUUAGAACUAUCAAGUUGCCCAAAAUAUAUAUAUCUUUUUAAAUUUGCUUUUCUUUAGUUUCUUUCAUCGGGUAUGUAUGCUGCUUCUCAGAUACAUAUCUUAGAUUGUAAACAGUACUUGGUUGCUAGGGUGCUGAGAGGAUUGUUUUGAGCUGGGAAUGUGAUAGGGUGGCCAAUCAAUUUUAGUGGUGUUUGCAACUGUUAUAAGUAUCUCAUAAUCUGUGUUCAAUUUUCUAUAAGAGUUUACUCCUCUUUAAAGUGAGCACACAUUCCUAAUGAUAACGAAUGUCACAUUAACAAAUGCUUUUGUUGUCCGAAACAUUGUUUGAAGUCAUAACAAUCCAGAGCAAUGUAGGAUCCUUGAAUGAUUUUCACAACAGCGUUCUGAGAUUUUGCACAUAGUUCUUUGAAAACAGUAAAUUUAAUAAGUAAAUUUAAUUAAAUUGUUGUACAUUGAAACUUGGAGAAAAUGCCACAAAAACCACCACCAAGAAAACCGCCCCCUGUUACUACUCAAAAAUCGGCAUCGCGAUUAAGAUCAAUAAAAUCACCAGUAAAAGUAAAAUCAUCUUAUCAGCUGCGAGAACCGGGUGGCGAGGAAAGUGAUCCAUGGCUGAAAGGGAAGAGUUUGUUGAAACCUGAUGAUCAGCUGGAUUUAAGCGAGAAGGAAUUACAAGAGGAAAUCACAAGAUCUCUCGUAGUAAAGAAUCCAUUAAUUCAUAGUGAUUGGGUUGAGUAUAGUUACAAAGAUAGAGCAUUCAUCAGCUGCGAGCCGCAGCCUAAUUUCAUCACUGUUCAAGAGCUUGAAUCGAAAGUAAUCCAUGUUGAGUCACCAGAAGCCGCGGACCAGUUACAUGGUCGUUCCAUGCCAGGCAAAUCUCGUAAGGAAAAUCCUAAGACACAUUCAGACAGUCUUUUUACAGAAACACCUCAAGUUGCUCCUGUAGCAAAAUCGGAGGAUUUUAAGAAUGAAAUCGAAGAGGAACCUAUCAAGGAAGAUGAAGAAGCAGACGAGGAGAAAGAUGAAGAGGAUGAUGAUAAAUUCAAUGAAAAACGAGAGGCUGAUUCAGAGAUGCAAAGUAAUGGUGCUUCCGAAGGUCAAAAAAAGAAAUUAACCAACCAAUUCAAUUUCAGUGACCGUGCAGCUCUUACUUCAGUUUAUCCUACUAGGGAAAUAGGAACUCAGACCAUUCCGCCUCCACGAAAUACACUGAAUGAAUAUGUUACCCAAUGGAUAAUUUACGACACAUACCAGCAAGAUUACGAAGCACAACAAAGAGAAAAAGAGAAAGAGCGUGUUUCAAAAAUGACUUCCCAAGUUAAGAAAGAAGAGCCACGGAAGAAGUCGUCGAAAGGUGGCAUGGAUCCUACCAUGGUCCGUUUACUACAAGCAGCCAAAAUUAUAGAGAGAAUGGUGAAUCAGAAUUUGUACGAUGAAAUCUCCCAAGAUUUCAGGUACUAUGAAGAUCCAUCAGAUGAGUUUCGAGAUGGGCAAGGAACUCUCCUCCCAUUAUGGAAAUUUUCAUACGAGAAGACAAAAAAGUUGGCUGUUACAGAUUUAAGGUGGAGCCCUCGUUACUAUGAUUUGUUUGGUGCAACGUUUGGAUCGUUUAAUUUCGAAAUGAAGGCAACAGAGGGAUACGUUUGUCUCUUCACUCUCAAGAACCCAUCGUUCCCUGAGUAUAUAAACUAUUGUGACUCUGGGGCAAUGUGCCUUGAUAUUCACUCCAGCCGAUCCAACUUCAUUGUCGUUGGGAGAUACGAUGGCUCUGUGGCAGUGUACAAUGCUCAUCUACCAAUCAAAGAAGCUCAGUUUGAAAGUAAUUCAGUUACUAACAAACAUGGAGGCAUAGUUUGGCAGGUGUGUUGGGGACCAGAUUUGAUAGAUGGGGAUCUUAAUUUUUUUUCCGUCUCAGCUGAUGGCAAAGUAUGCAGCUGGAUAGUAAUGCAAAAUGAAUUAUCGCAAACACUUGUCAUCCAUUUACUUCUGAAUAUAGAUCCAAUAGCUGGGCCUAAUGGAAAUCAAAUGAAUCUGGUCGGUUGCGGAACAGCGAUUUCAUUUCACCCGGAAAAUCCAGAAAUAUUUCUGGUAGGCACUGAGGAAGGCAACAUCUAUAAGUGCAGUACAGCGUAUGCAUCGUUAUAUCUCUUCACUUACGAAGCUCAUCAUAUGCCUGUUUAUCGCAUUGAAUACAAUAAAUACUCUCCUGAUAUUUUCAUCUCGUGUGGCGCAGAUUGGAGAGUGAAAAUUUGGGAAGACGGGAGAGAUGAGCCACUCUUUGUCUUCGAUCUUGGCUGCUCCGUUGGUGACGUGAAAUGGGCGCCUUACUCAAGUACAGUAUUUGCUGCUGUAACUGAAGAUUGCAGGAUUCAUGUGUUCGACCUGAAUGUUAAUAAGUACCGGGGAAUCUGUGUGCAAAAUGUUGUUGCCAAAAAUCGAUUUAAAUUGUCUCGUCUAGCAUUCAACUGGUACUUGCCUGUGAUUAUUAUUGGAGACGACAAAGGGUUUAUCACAACUGUGAAGCUGUCGCCUAAUCUACGUGUGAAAGCAAAGCCACCCAAGAAGAACAUUCAGAUGGACCAACGCAUUCUGGAGCAGCUCAAGUUGGAGAAACUUCUAGCACUCGUUCGAGAGCCAACGGCGUCAUCCAACGUUAUUGAUGCAGAACAAAGUGAAACUUCAAAAUAGUGCAAUUCAAAUUAAAAGAAGAAACUUACAUGAAGGUGUUCACGUAAAUCAAACAAAUGUCAACAACUUCUACAGGCAAUACAUUUGAGUUACCAGUCCUAAAGUUAAAAUGAUUGCUCGCAGUCUAUCAAAAUAAAUUUUUCUCUCAUAAGUACCAUAAUAUGAAUUCUGCAAUGAGAAGAAGUCAGCUUAAAAUAUUUAUAAGUACAGACGGUUACCAAGUCCACUGUAAAAUUGAUGUGAUAACAAUGAAGUUAGGUGAAUAAAGAGUAUUUUAAUGUUUUA